AUGGCGGCUACAGUCAAGAGGCCAGACCGAACCGCCAUGCCGUACUUCUCUCUUGAGGAAUUUCGCGUGUUUUCGGGGUUCGCGUUGAUAGGUCUCGUCAACACCAUCCUCCCAUCCAUCGUCUACGCCGCCAACUACCUCAUCAUCCCCUACCCGCGACAUGUCGUCAUCCUGGUCGAACUCCUCCCGGUCCUCCUCACCAAGCUGGUGCUCCCCUUCGUCAUCCACCGCAUCCCGUGCCGGAUCCGGCCCCUCGUCGCCGCGGCCUGCUGGUUCGUCUCCAAACGCAUCGCCGACGAUGCGCCACCCAACGUCCUCCCCCCCGUCCGUGUCGCCGCAACAGUUCUCGCCUCCGUCGCGUCGGCGGCGACCGAGGUCUCGUGUCUCGGCAUGGCCGCGCACGCCGGCCGGCCGGCACUGGCCGGGUGGGGCUUCGGCACCGGCGCCGGGCUGCUCGAGAACGCCGUGUGGCCUUUCCUGCUGACGUACGGCGAGGGUAGGGUCCUCCGGAGCGCCACGGGGUACAUAUACUACCUUGUUUCCGUGCUCUUGAUCGCCCAUUUCCUUCUUCUGCCCCAGGAUGUGACCAAGAGGGGUCGAAAGAAGGACCAAGCUGGCCAAGACGACGCCGGCGCCGAGGAAGGGCGGUCGUCUCUGGGAUGGAGCGAAAGCAGACCGAGGCCUGAUAGUCCCAAGGCGUUCGCCAAGAAAUAUCGGGUUCUCAGGGGUCUGGCCCGGUCGGACAUGUUUCCGCUCUUCGUGGCAUCGGCGUCCCUGUCUCUGCUGCAGGUUGGCCUCGCCAGGCCGCUGGACGGGUCUGCGUUUGAGACGUUCUCUCACUUCUACACCACCUACGGAAUGUCUGCCUAUCUAGGCACCUGGCUGGGUCGGUCAUCAGUCACCUUCCUUCCCUUGCGGAGUUUUAAGCUGCACCUCGUCGCUCUGAGCGUGUGGACCGUCGUCGCGUCCCUCAAUGCCGUCUUCCUCAUAUCCACCCACAUGGCCUUCUUCCUGGCUUUCCUGGUGGGCAUUGUGGGCGGCUCGUUAUACAUCAACGUCCUAGCUAGAGUGAGAGAAGAACGGGAAAACCGGGCGUAUCGAGAGCUGAGUCUAGGGCUCGUCACCGCCGGCGACGCGGGAGGCGCGAUCGUUGGCGGUGUUCUAGGCGCCUUUGUUGAGACGAUCAUGUGCGGAUCGCUCGUGAGCGGCAAACGCUGGUGUCACAGAUCAAGGUAG